AUGGACUUCGAAGUUUAUGAUGAAUGUAUUAACAAAAAGCUAAAAACAGAAAACAUUGAAUUAGACGAGAAUGUUGAAAAAACAUUUAAAAAGCCAGAUAGAUGUAAUUUAUGCAAACAGUUUUCUGACUCUGUUUACUUUUACAGCGGCCAUCCUAAUAAUUCAAAUGAAGAAUUUAUAGCUUUAACUGAUCCCAAGCUUUCUGUAUUUACAGGCAAUGAGGAAAUAUAUAAUGAAGAAGAUGCUCCCACACAUCAGCUCACUAGCUUUACUGUUUAUGACAAAAAUGGCCACUUAUGCCAUUUUGAUUCUGGAUUGAUUGAAAAAAAUGUUUCGCUGUAUUUUUCUGGAUACAUUAAACCUGUUUACGAUGAAAAUCCAAACGCAGAUAAUGGAAUUCCUGCCCAUGAUCUUGGACCAAUUGAUGAAUGGUGGAUGGCAGGCAUGGAUGACGUGGAAGGAAAUAUUAGGGUUGGAUUUACCACUCAGUUUGCUCAGUAUUAUUUAAUGGAACCAUCUGCUCAAUACCAACCGAUAUUUAAUAAAAUUAAGGAGAAAGUCCGGCUAUCCAAGUAUGUAAUAGAAUUUCUCAGUGAUCAUCAUUGGGAAAAUCCCAAGUAUGAAGACUUGGUAGAGAACAUUGAAGGAAGUGGAGAAUAUGCAGAUGUAGAGGACACAUUACUACAACACGCACAGUUUAUUUGUGAUCAGGUACUAAGCUUUGAUGAAAAUAUUACCGAAGAUGAAAAACCCCUAAUAGCACUGCCAUGUAUGAGAGCUUUAGUAUCAAUGGCAGGUGUGUCAUUCAAAAGUUUAAAAAAGAUUAAACCUGUCAAUAAGAUCAAAAAAGAGAAAAAUACUAACAUGAGUAAAGCUGUAACCACCAAACUAGUUCACGAUAUAUUCGAGUAUUUCUUUUCCGAUCAAAUGGAUGCUAAAAUUGUGGAAAAAGGCCCCAAAAAGAAGCGAUGUGGUAUUUGUGAAGCUUGUCAGUCGCCUGAUUGUGGAGAAUGUAACCAUUGCAGGGAUAUGGUCAAGUUCGGAGGUCCAGGAAAGUUGAAACAAGCAUGUAAACGGAGAAGGUGUAUGCACAUGGAAGUAAUAGACGCAGAAGUAUCAGACAAUGAGGAUGAAAAAGACGUUACGUGUGAGUUGAAACAUAAAAAAAUUAAACAUUUGUCUACCAAAAUUAUACACACUGUAAAAUGGAACGAUGAAAUUGAAGAAAAAUAUAAAGGGGACACUUGUUACUCGUCAGCUACUGUAGGUGAUUUUAUGGUUCAAAUUGGAGAUUACGUAAUGGUGAAAUCCAAACGUCAGAAGGAACCAUCUUACAUCGCAAGAAUUACACGAAUGUUUUAUAAGUCUUCAAAGCAAUAUAUGUUUCACGGCCUGUUACUAUGUCGUGGAUCUGAUACAAUAUUAGGGGAAACUUCGGAUCCAAAAGAGUUGUUUAUUAUCGAUGAUUGCGAGAAUCUUUUACUAGGAAGUAUUAUCUGUAAAGUAAAGAAUGAAAAUCAAGUAAAUGUAUUCUUAUACCCGGAAUAUUUUCGCAAGAAAACAGAAAACGUUAAAGGGUCCAAUGAUAGCACAAGCGAUCCAUUUGUUAUCGGUUUGAUAGAAGACAUCAAAGAAUCAAAGAGUGAGGGUAUUAAGAUCGUAGUUAGAGUUUUCUUUAGACCGGAACAUACUUAUAUUAGCACAACUAUGGCAUACAACAAGGACUUGAAUUACUUGUUUUACAGCGAUGAAGUAAUAACUGUUCCAUUUAGCAAAGUUGAAGGAAAAUGUUAUUUGUCGUAUGGGUAUAAUUUUAAAUCUAUAAUUGAAUGGUCCGAACAGGGCCCAUACCGGUUUUAUUUUACUGAAGCUUAUGAUCCAGAAAAUAAGAUAACAAAGGAGCUUUGUGAAAAGGCGAAAAAUAUCGGCAUAAGAGGAAAAGGAAAAGGGGACGGAAAAGUAAAAGGCAAUUCAAAACAGGAAAAUGAUUUUACAGACUUACCACCGAUAUGGGAUAAAAUCGAUAGGCCCUUCAAGUGCAUGGAUGUAUUUGCUGGUUGUGGAGGUCUUUCAGAAGGGUUGAAAAUUAGUAAAAUUGCUGAUUCCAAAUGGGCGAUCGAGAAAGAAGUCUCUGCAGCAAAUGCAUUUAAGCUGAACAAUCCUGAUUGUAAAGUGUUCAUUGACGACUGCAAUAAUUUAUUAAAGUUUAUAGUCAAUAACGAAACCAAAGAAAAAGGUUUACCUGAAAAAGGAGAAGUAGAGAUGAUAGUAGGGGGACCGCCUUGUCAAGGAUUUUCGGGAAUGAACAGAUUCAAAUGCGGGGAUUAUUCUUCGUUUAAGAAUUCUCUUGUUGUUUCCUUGCUAACCUUUUGUGAAUAUUAUAGGCCCCAAUAUUUUAUAUUGGAGAACGUUAGAAACUUUGUAUCUUUUAAAAAAAGUAUGGUUUUGAAGUUAACACUGAGAUGUCUUCUUACUAUGGGAUACCAAGUGACUUUUGGAAUAUUGCAAGCUGGUCAAUACGGGAUUCCCCAAACUAGAAGAAGAUUAAUUUUGAUGGCCGCUGCUCCAGGCAAAGUUUUGCCAAACUUUCCUGAGCCACUACAUGUUUUUAAUAAAAAGGCAACUCAUCUUAGCUUCAACGUAGAUGGAUAUAGCUAUUACAACGAAUGUGAAUGGACAGACUCAGCCCCAUAUCGAACGAUCACUGUAAAAGAUGCUAUAUCUGAUUUGCCGUCUAUAAAGAACGGCUACUCUAAAACUGAAUUACCCUACGACUGCGACCCAGAGACACAUUAUCAAAGGAUGUUAAGAAGCAACAAUAAUACUCUAGUUCGGGAUCACGUUAGCAAAGAAAUGUCGGCUCUAGUCGAGGCUAGAAUCUCACAUAUACCGACUUAUCCAGGAGCAGAUUGGCGAGACUUACCCAAUAUUCGAGUUUCGAUGCCUGAUAGUACACAAACUUAUCUUCUGAGAUAUCCCUAUAGAGUUAACAAAUCGAGAGGAGGCGUAUGCCAGUGUAUACUUGGAAAACCUUGUGAUCCUGCAGACAGACAAAUAUAUACCUUAAUUCCUUGGUGCUUGGCUCAUACCGCUGACCGUCAUAAUCAUUGGGCAGGACUUUAUGGUAGACUUGAGUGGUUUGGAUAUUUUGGUACUACUAUUACAAAUCCUGAACCCAUGGGAAAACAGGGUAGAGUUAACAAAUCGAGAGGAGGCGUAUGCCAGUGUAUACUUGGAAAACCUUGUGAUCCUGCAGACAGACAAAUAUAUACCUUAAUUCCUUGGUGCUUGGCUCAUACUGCUGACCGUCAUAAUCAUUGGGCAGGCCUUUAUGGUAGACUCGAGUGGUUUGGAUAUUUUGGUACUACUAUUACAAAUCCUGAACCCAUGGGAAAACAGGGUAGAGUUCUUCAUCCCGACCAACAUCGAGUAGUUAGCGUGAGAGAGUGUGCUCGAUCGCAAGGAUUUCCAGAUACAUUCAGAUUCUGUGGAAACAUUUUGGACAAAUACAGACAAAUUGGCAACGCUGUGCCGCCUCCUUUGGGAGUUGCAAUUGGUAAAGAGAUUAUAAAAGCUCAAAGGAAAAAUAUAGCUAACCAAAGAGUAGUUCCCAUGGAUGUGGAAACGACAAGCUGUAUUACAAAUGGUCUUUCAUAA